ACGAAGGAGAAAGCGAGGACGUCCUGGGCGCGGGGUCCUCGCCUUCCUCUCCGUGGCCGCGUAUGAACGCGGGUACGUGGGCCAGCCAGCUCCCUUCUUCGCUGUUCUCCGGGCCCGUGUACAGUCGACAAUUACACGCGUUACGUCAUUCCGCGAGUAGUCGCCUCCCGGACUCUCGGUACCCGCGUCUCUCGCCUCUCGUCCGCAGGAGCGUCCGACACGCGAAGCCCGGGACCGCGAUAAUUUUUCGCGACGCGCGCGGAACCCGGACAAAAAAGAUAACCCGGGGGAUCGGAUCCGUACCUCCGACUUUCAGACAUUGAAUUCGCGUGGUGCCGAUCUUUUCCCAGAAUUAAGAUAGAGGAAAAAUUUGCCGCGGUUCAUUUAUUCGCGACUCGUAGAGGAUCUUGGACGGUAUUAAGUAAUUUGUACUUCUGAAUUCCAGAGGGUGUUCGAUAGAACGAUGGUAGUUGAGAAAAUUGAAAGCAAGGAGCGGUCUUCUGGGAGGGACGAUUUCGGGCAGUACAUCGACCACACCGCACGUAUAUUGAGAUGUUUGCGAAUGAUGGAAAUGGAAGAGGACGCUUCGAUUUUGCGAAGGACGGCGAUCGUUACCACCACUGCGAUUAUGCUGUUCUUGAACGCUGCGUUGGGAAUAUCGGAGAUGAUGAAACUUCGAAAUACCACGGAACUGUCCGCCCUGGCGAUGACCGUCGGUGCUUCUUGGAUGCAUUUCAUAGGGUUCGCGAAGUGGGCAUUCUUCGUUUGGAAAAUCAAAGAUGUUUCGCGUCUCUUUCUGCAUCUCGAAGAAUGCUACAACAUGAGUUUGAGUAUCAGCGAUAUCGUCGAAGGUCAUUCGCAGCUCCGCAAGGAUAUGAACCGAGCGCGAAAGAACUCGUUGCGCUUCACUUGGGUAUGGGGAUUCUUCGUGAACUGGGGGGUGGUCCACUGGUGCCUGAACCCGUUCUUGGUGAAAUGGACGCUGAGUCGGUCGAACGUAAGCAUGCCUAUGAACGAAGACGCCCUUCCUUACUCCACCUGGAUCCCGUGGGAUACUUCGGGAACGGGUGCAUACGUUGUCACCUACCUCUUGGAGUGCGUGGGCAGUCAGGCUGCCAUUAUCGGCAGUACAGCUUACGAUACUUUUUACAUCACCAUAAUGUUGAUGAUCACCGCCCAGUUGAGGUAUUUGAAUUAUUUUUUGGCCAACACCGGCGAUGGCGAUCCGGCGAACGUACGUACCGAAACAACGAAUAAAUUGACGUAUCCUUUUCUCCUGGAGAAAUUGAAGCGAGGAAAAGAUCACCACAACGCGAUUUUGACAUUUCUGACGCUCUUUGGACACGUAACCAGCCCGGCGAUGUUCGCUCAAUGUAUCGGGAGCACGGCUGUUAUUUGCUUGAUCGUUUUCGAAGUGUCUACUGUGAAAGGUACGGAUGGUAUUAUCAAAAUAUGGAGCAUGGUGGAGUACGUCGCGGGCAAUUUAUUGCAAAUUUUCUUCUUUUGUUACUUCGCAAACAAAAUCACAGAACUGGGACUCGAAGUUGCCGACUCGACUUACCGCUGCGGUUGGGAGAACAUGGUUUUUGCCAAAUCGGUUGAUCAAAAAACGAGAGAGAAGGGACUGAAAUCGGUGGGAUUUUUAAUCCGCGAUAUGUCGGUGAGGGCUCAAAAACCCAUCAGAUUGAGCGGCGGUCCGUUUUACGUUCUAUCUCUCGAAACCUUUCUCGCUAUGCUGGGCGCUGCAUUCUCCUACCUGACCGUAUUGAGAGAACUCAAUUCCGACGAAUAAUCAAAAUGAAUCAACUCUCUCUUGAAAUACCGUAGACAAUCACAUUUCCUAAUUAAGCAUACAAGUUAGCGCUACACCUGAGACUGUACAGUACAUGAAAUCACCGGGGCAAUCAGACCGUAUUAAAUAUAGCGUUCCUUGUCGGUCGCUAGCGGUAAUUGUAAGCCCAAGCAUAUUCAUUGAACAGCUGCGAUAGCAGUUGAGCGGGUAUACAACACACGUCCGCUCGGAUUGCCCGACGACUACUUACCGCGACGCGUCGCGACGCUAUGAACGAACUCACGUGCAGUACGCAUGCCUUGGCACAUCGCUUCCUCAGGCGACGUAGUCUCCCGAUAGAAAGUCGACGCGCCGCAGAUGACUCGCGCAGCCGGUGCGCGCUUGACGUGCGUGGAUCACCUGCUUUUCCGUAUCCGAGGCGACCCGCCGAUUGUCCACGUGUCCACGGGGGUAAUACGCCGAGACCGACGUGGACUGGAAUAAAGAGCGGUGCAAGGAGAAAAAAAGCACCUUGUACUUCAGCACUGAAAAAUAUACGCAAUACGCAA